UGGAGAAACCCCCAGAAGAAACCACCCACCAUAACCAAAACCAAAUAAAUAAAAAUAAAAAUAAAAUCCUAAAACUGAAAAUCCAGACGGUGCGAAGCACGUGAAGCGGACGGAGAGAGAGAGAUUGAAUUAGGGUUUUUGAAUUGCAGAGAUGAAGCGCAAAGACUAUGAAGAAUUAGACGACGACUUAUUCUCUCCUUCCUCAAAAUCCAGGAGACUGGAUGCUGGGUUAUUUGCAACUUUGAAUGAAGACCAAAGUAGUGCAGCUCAGGUGUUUGAUGAAAAGCCAGCACCAGAAACCAGUGUUGUGAUGCAAACAGAUGAUUUGCCAACGGACCCUUUGCCUUCAGGGGAUGAGAAGGCUCUUGUGCUCUAUAACCCCGCGAAUACGCGGAUUUUCAAAGCACCCGAUUCGCAGGAUUUCUCUGUCAUUGUGAAUUCGGACUUGAUUCCAGGUUUAAGGGAUCAUAUUUAUUCAUGGGGAUAUUCAAAAUUGCUAAAACCGGUAGAGGAUCCUGGAUCCAAUGAGAAAAACAAAGAAGUUUCAAAUGGGUGUAUGGCUGUUGUUCCCUGGGUUGCACCUAACUUCCCACCAGCAUCAAGAGAUGAGACACAGGCUGCAAGCCAGUCGGAACCCAUGGAACUUGAAAUGAUGGACACCGAUGAUAAUGGUUACAAUGGCACGGAAGCAUCAGGGUUUGGUGGAACGAUGAUGGAAGGACCCGGUGGGAUACAACACUGGCAGGAACAGCAGUUACAUUGGAUGGAGCCACAGCUCAUCCAGAACAAUUAUACUCCGGUCACUUAAUAUAACUCGCAACUUACAACAACUUUGGUUGAGCUGUGCAUUCUUUAGUUCUUCGAAGACACCUAGUACCGGUCUAGUAUUUUGUUCAAACUGCAAUGGUUAUGCUGCUGAUGAAUUCUGCCACUUCUAGGGAAAUUUUGUAAAUUUAAUCCGUGGAAAGUCUGAGUUGCUUUCGGUUUCAUCCCCAGUUUUGAGAUAAAUCGUGUAUUGUAGGUCAAUUGCGGAAUAAAUCUCAAUGUUAAAGUUAA